CUUUCUCCUCCCCGCUCUCUUUUCUCUCUCUUCUUCGCCUCCCUCCUCCGAGCAGGAGCCCUGCCAGAGUAACUAAGACCAGGGAAGCAGAUCCAUCCCAACAAUAGUAACAAGGAAAAGAGGAGAGGAAUCGGAAGCUUCGCCUUUUUAGUUUUUCCCCGCAGCGUAGGAGAGUGAAGGCCGAAACCCUGCGAGCCAUGGCGGAGGAGCGGAGCAGGAGCUACCAAAUCGAUUUGGGCAAUCUCAUGGCCUACGACCCAUCCCACCACUUCGAUUCGAUCCCCUCAUCUAGGGAGGAAUUGAUAAUGGUGUGUUUGCAAAAGGGCACGGAAUUAGUGCAAGAGAUCGCAAAUGCCCUAUUUAGCUUGCCCUCCACGGAGGACCCUGAUGGCCCCAUCAUUAAGUUGCCACCGCCCACGACGAAGCUUCCCAGAGAGAAGCAUCUUCCGAAGCCUAAACCUCUUACUAAGUGGGAAUUAUUUGCACAAAUGAAAGGAAUAAAGAAGCACAAGAAAAACAAGCGUGUUUGGGACGAACAAACUGGUACUUGGAAGCGGACUCAUGGCUAUGAUCGUGCUAAUGAUGAUAAGGACAUACCAAUCAUUGAGGCCAAACCAACAGAUGAGCCAGGAGAGGAUCCUUUUGCAAAAAGGAAGGCUGAAAAGAAGCAGCGAGUCGACAAGCAAGAGAAGAACAGACUGGAGAAUUUAAAGAAAGCUGCAAAAGUUGGUGCUUUGCCAAGCCAUAUACAACUUGCUGCAACAGCACUACCUGUAACAGGAACUCAGAAAGAAGCACCUAAAAAAGCAAGCAAAGAGGAUCUUGAGAAUGUGGCCGGGUUUGCUGCAACUGCAACAGCAAGUGGUGGGAAAUUUGAUAAAAAGUUGCCAGGAGAGAAACCGCCAAAGCACACUGGGAAGUAUAGAAAGUUUCUCCCUGUUGUUGAAGGAAAAGGGAUGGGUGCUCAAGAGAAGCAGCAAACAGAGAAAAUUCUUAACCAGCUCUUGGCCAAAAGCUCCCACGAAAUACUGGAUGUCAACAAGGCUGUUACGAUGUUCAACGUGAAGAAAGAAAAGCAACGAAAGAAAGAGAAGGAGACGUCCUCGUCAACGCCGAGUAAGUUGAAGACGAAGAAGAAACCGCUCAAGAGCUCUUCAAAGAAGCCUGUCAAGAAAUCUUCAAAGACUAAACAUUAGAUUCCCAAUUUUCUUCAUGUAUGAGGUAGGUAAAGUUUUGGAUUUUUGCUGUAGGAAGUGAGCGGAUUCGCGAGGGUAUUGUAGGGCGUGGGCUCCUCGAGCUAAAAGGGGUGCACAACAGUGUAUUCUGUCACUUGUUUUUCAUCUAUGUUUUAUCUAAGAAGAAGAAGAGCAUUUUAUCCCAUGAUUUGUGCGACAGCCAUUUAAUUAUAACAUUGCAUUAAUGUUUAAUCCUUGAUCUAGCACAUAA